AUGGAGGAUGCCGCCUACUCCCUUCCUGUUGGGGGUCAUGUACAAGGGCAUUACAGUAACCCCCUAUUCCCGUCAGCGCUUGUCGAAAGAUUGCAAGAGGUCCACUUGGGACGCAACCUCAACUUCGGCCGGACCCAGCAGUUGGGCGCCAACCCACUUCGUACUACCAAAAGACAUGGUAUGUUGGGAAUUCUACUCCCCAAGUUUGACAUUUCCUGGUGGUGGAGGAGUGAACCGAACAAUGACCGUUUCGAGAUCCGUUCAGGAAAUCCACGUCCCAUUUCACCAUCUGUAGCAGAGGCAUGUGUACAAAGAGAUUGGACUUCCGUCUACGAUACCGCUGAUAAUACUGUAGCAGUGUAG